AUGGGUGGGUCACAGAUGUUUUAUCUAAUCUUCACAUUCACUUACCUGCCAGACAUAGGACUGGAGGACGAGAGAAAGAUGCUGACCGAGUCCGGAGAUCCUAAGGAGGAGGAAGAAGAAGAGGGGGAAUUAGUGUUUCUACAUCAGGAUCCCCUAACAACAGUGAGAGAGCAAUGCCAGCAGUUGGAGAAAUGUGUAAAGGCCCAGGAGCGGCUGGAGCUCUGUGAUGAGCGUGUAUCCUCUCAAUCACAUACAGAAGAGGAUUGCACGGAGGAGCUCUUUGACUUUUUGCAUGCAACGGACCAUUGCGUGGCCCACAAACUCUUUAACAACUUGAAAUAAAUGUGUGGACUUAUUCCCCCCAGACUUCAUCACCUGGGCA